AAAAGACUCGAUUAGCUGUUUCCAGAUUUAGUCUCUAGUAUUCAGUGGCGCAUGGUGAGGUUUAUGGCUGGUAAGGCACUGACUCCUACGAGGUCAGCUUUACAGUUAUAAGAAAUCAAAUUAGUAAUUUCUCACUAUUCGAUUUGGUCUAGAAGGAAAGAGCAAGAGAUGGAUAUUUCUGUUUGUUUUCAUGUAUUGGUGACAAGCUGUGAAACAGAAACUGAACAUGUCUGCCUGUUUAGUGAAGGUCUGAGUAUCAGGCGGAGGCUUGUUGUAAAUCUAUUGUCAUAUAACUGACCCAAUCUGAUUGUUGUCAGUUGUGUUGCAGCCAGAUGUUGGUCUGCAGAUGUGCAGAUGUUUGGUUUGCAUUGCCUCGCUUUUGAGAUCAUGGUUUUCGUGUUUAUUUGUUGCCUUCUGACAGUGGGAGUUUGAUGACUGACCAGGGCAGUGACCUACUGUACUGUACAGUAUAUGGUUUCAACACAAAUGGCUCAGGUCAAGAGUAAUGUUAGUUUGGGCUACAACAAAAGUCAUGUGCUGUCUGAGAGCUGCUCCUAAUGUGACCAAAGAUGACUUUUCAUCCUGCCCUAAAUGCUAUUUCCAUCAGAUGAUGCCUAAUUGUGAGAGUUAAUGAGAACCGCCUUCUGGCAGUAACUAACUCACUACUGCUGAUUUGUCACGUCAAAGAAACACGCUUCAUCCUCAUUAUUCACUUUGCGUGAAUCCUAAACAGAACCAGACACAUGAGAUCAUCACAUCUAUCUGCCUAAAGAAUGUUUAAUAUUAAAACACAUCCAUCAUUCCCACCAUCAACCACAGGCUUCAUCCAGGAUAGAGAGUUUUUGGGAUUAGCACUCAGGCAAAACAUUAGCAUCUUAGUUGUUUCAUUAUAAUUCUAUUGUCAUAUAACUGACCCAAAGCAGUAAAAAUGCCUCGAUGGGCUAAUAGUUUGUGACUGCUCUGAAUGCUGGACUUUAUUAUACCUCAUUAUAGCUCUGGAAAAGCUUUCCUGGCGAAUACUGUGUCUCUUCAGCACAUACAUCUUUGUGUUUAAUGAUGUUAGGGGGUUUUUGUCUAACAAGGUGAAACAUAUCUUUGUUCAUUUGUGUUAGAACUUUGUGGAGAUCAUCACAGACGAGGGGAUUGAUGUUUGUCAAAGGUGCAAUCUGUAUAAUGCCAUGUCACCUCCUCCACCUCACUGCUGCUUCCCACCAUAGAUAUAUCCCCCAAGUGGUGCUGAUCAUGAAGAGAUUUGACAGCUGACAAGUAAAUGGAGUCUUCAUCCCAGUUUACUUGUCUUUUUUUGUUCCUUAGAUCUGACAAAUGACUCUUAUUUUUCAAUGUAGAAAUGAUCAUUUUUCAUAGUAAAGGAAACACAUUUGCUCUUUAAGAUGCAUAUUUUAUCACAAGCUUCGCUGUGCUCUUAAAUCAAACAUUUAUUCAUCGUGGCGUGAUUGCAGCAGAACCCAUGAAUAUAUUAAUGUCUGUAUCUUAUAUUGAGACAUACAGUCGCUGCAUCACUGUUGUUUUUCCUUCCAAUGUUUUAUGUCAUUUGGUAAUAUUUGGUUCAGAUUCUGAAUAAAACAGAUUUUAUAAAGUGAGACUAAACUUUCUUGGUUCUAACCAACAGAAGCUGCGUAGCUGCACCAAAGCAAAGUUGAUGCCAACAUAAACAAACUGUGCAGGAUCACAUGAUUAACACACGGCCCAUAACAUGAAACCAUUCCAUAUUGAUGAGCUGGAUGUGACACCUACCGUUGUCCCACACGGUCUCUGUCUGUUACUAGAUCAGUUUUUCUGCUGACUGCUGUCUGUUCGGACGCCGCCACUGAAAGCAGACACCUUUCCUCUGGGCCCGUGUCGCCGUCUUGUUCUGCUCCUCCUGCGUUUCCUGCUCUUUCAUCUUCCUCUCUCUCUUCCUUUACGGUCACUCUCUUUGGCCACAGUGUUUCUGCAGUCUUUGUUUAUUUGUGAGGAGAAUUGUGAUGCCUUCUACGCUGUCUCAGCCUCUUGACAGUCACUCCUCUGUGUGUGUGCAUCUUUUUUCCACCGCAUUUCUUUGAAUUCUCUUACUGUCAGAUUGAGUCCCUUUUGAUGCUGAAGCAGGGCAGCAGCUCCUUUGCUCACUGCUACCGUCUGCCUCACCUGUCACAGGAUGGAGAGCUUAGCAGUGGAGUCAGGUUCUCUGGAAAGUUAGACACUAGCAUUUAGUUUUCACAAUAAAGUUUGGGCAGGAUAUCAAAACCCAACCUCAUGAUUAAUGUAAUGAACUCAUACCCCAUUACUCUAACCCUACAAUGGCGUGGAUUCAGAAGUCUAAACGACAGAGCGUUCCCCGUGCCACGCCCUGAGAGCCUCUGUUUCGUCAUACAGACUAUAAGCUUUGGAAUUUAAAGCCGUUUUCUUUUUUUGUGCUUUUAAUUUAGGAAGGUUUUACUUUUUUAUAUAAGUUUAUAAAUUAUAUAUUUUUUUCUAAUGGUAAAAAGAAACAUCCAGUGCAUACCUACAGGCCACUGUACUGUAAAAUGUAUUAUCCGUCUUUAAAAUGAUUUUUGACAGAGUUGGAGUUCUCUAGUCUUUUCAGCUAUCAAGCUGUGAUAUUUCCCCAAAGAGCCAUAAAUAUUUAUUGUCCCCUCAGGGUGAAUAUUAAUAGGCACUGACCCCUGCUAACCUUUUGUCAUCACUGCUGUGGAGAUUGGAUAUAAGAAAUUAAUACAUUUCUUGGUGAUAAUUCUUCACAUAUUUCUGCUGUAGAGGUUUAAUCUGCACUAUUGUGGACAGCUCAUACCUGUCUCAACUGAAAACUGAAGCUGAUAGGCUCACUUCUAUGACAUGUUCUGAUCACGCUUAGGAGUCUUUGGGUUGAAUUACUUUAUCUUUGACUUAAUUGGAUUAUGUUCAGUGUAGUGUGAGCUGUAGUACUGUAGCUGAGGAAGUUGUUUAUCUCCCUUUCUCGCUGUGCUUAUGGUUAAUGGUAAUGGUUAGUCAUGCUCCAAAUCAGACAGUCACUGUGAGUGUCUGGGGUGCAUUGAUUUUGUGGGCACCGAGUGAAUUAUGCAUGAGCACAAUAACUCGAUUUAUGAUGCUGAAGUGUGGAUGCAAGGAGGCUCCGAUAUGCGGCAUCCAGAACGCUGAAACCCAUCCUCUCUGCUCCCUCCAGAACAUGCGUCAAACAUCUCUAAAACACUGAUAGUUGCUCGUGUGAUGCUUAAUUAUAACAGUCACUAACACGCGUUAAAGCCAUGUGCAGAAGGAAAACAGUCACACUUGACCUGAACUGACCUGGGCCCAGUCGCACCCAACACACUGCAUGACGAAGUGAGACGGCACAGAGGUCACACAUGAAUCAAGGGCUGCCGCUGAUGAUGCGUGUCUACAGCCUGGCUGUGUUAGUCAGGACGGACUGGCCUGGUGAAAAGCAGCCCUGCUCCUUACGGCCAACAGGACCUUGUCUGGCUGCACCUUCUCCUCCUCUGUCUUCUUUCACCAGGUUCCUGUUUGUCAUCUUUUCCUUCCUCUCUCUGGACUCUAGACUUUCUGUGCCUCACUUUUGCUGCCGCUGCUUGUUUGUCUGAUGAUGUAUAAUGACUAGAGAUGUACUGUGACUUUAGUUGGACCAUGGAGGAUUGUGAAACCUCUCUCUAUACUCUACAAACACAAAAUCGUCUGUGGACUCUGUGUAGCAGAGGAUGUAAAAGUAUUUGAGGUGUGUAGUUGGUAUCAAACUGUGGCUUUAUUGAAUCAUCCACUGACCCAGCCAUCGAUCUUGUUGUACAGCUCUCUCUUUCCUCAUUCCUCCUCAGUGGAGCUGUAGGAUCGGUCAUGUUUUAGAAAGCAGCCUGAGCCUUUUACCAAAUGGCAGCUAAGAAAAAACUUGCCUGGGAGACUUUGGAAUUAUAGAUCAGUGACAUCAAAUGGUUCUGAGCAGAUGGAGAUGGCUAAUUUAAACAUGUGAAUUUGGUCUCACUAAUGUUUGUGUGUGUCUGUUCCAGGGACUUGGCAGUGAUCGUGGCAUCCAUCGCAUACAACACCUGGUUUACCAAGCUGUACUGCAAGGACAUGCGCAUAGGCUCGGAGGUGGUGGACCAGGUUCUGCACACAAUCAGCAAGUCCAACAGUCUGGAGGAACUCACUCUGGAGAAUGGACUUUCCACAGAAGAUGGCGUCGGCCCUGUCUGAAAACCCAGCCUCUGUUAUCCACUCUCUCAACCUGGCUCACAACACACUAGACAAUCAAGGAGUCUCCAACCUGAUCCAGCAGGUGUGUCGUCUCAACAAGGGGCUGCGCCUCCUCAACCUCUCUAAGACCUCGCUCUCCUCCAAGGGUGUUGUUUCUUUAUCCCAGGCUUUGUGUUCAAGUGAUGACUACUCCAACUCUCUGCUGCAUCUAGACCUCAGCAAAAACCCUGGAGUUUUGUCUGGAGAGGAUGCCACGAACCUGUACCUGUUCUUGGCUCAGCCCAACUGCCUGGUCCACCUGGAUCUGUCCGGGACAGACUGCACCGUGGACUCGCUGUUUGGGGCCUUUCUGCGAGGGUGCUGUGCAGACCUCUCCUACCUCAACCUCUCCAAGAACUCCUUCUCUCACAGGAAAGUGAGAGAUACUCUGCCCACCUUUCGACAGUUCUUCAGCUCCGCGUUCAGCCUGACCCAUGUCAGCCUGGCCUCCAUGAAGGUCCCACCUGAUUCACUGAGGGCUCUGUUCCUGGGUCUGUCUAAUAACCCCCAUAUCAGUGAUUUGCACCUGGACAUCAGCGGCUGUGAGUUGAGGUCGGCAGGUGCUGGAGUCAUUCAGGAGCUGUUUCCUCGAGUGUCCUGCGUGGGGACGUUGGACAUAUCUGAUAACGGUUUGGAUGCUGAAUUGCUGGCUGUGAUCCCAGCGUUCUCCAGGCACCCCUCCCUCAAACACCUGAUGCUGGGGAAGAACUUCAACAUCAAGGGCAGGGUGCUGGAGGAAAUUCUGCAGAAACUAGUUCAUUUGGUGCAAGAGGAAGAGUGUACCCUACAGUCCCUCUCUCUGGCUGAGUCGAGGCUUCGCCAGCGGGGCAUGGUGCUAGUCAACACCCUGGGCUCCAACGCCUGCCUGCGGAAGGUGGACCUGAGCGGCAACCUGCUAGAGGACUCUGGGGCCAAGAUGCUCAGCAAAGCCCUGCAGAUCAACACAACACUCAGGAGCGUGACGUGGGAUCGCAACAACACCACGGCAGCCGGCUUCCAGGACGUGGCCAGAGCAUUAGAGCAUAACUUCACCCUGCAGUACAUGCCUGUCCCGCUCAGCGACGUCACCCAGGCGUACCGCAGCGCCCCCGACCGGACCGAGCAGGCGCUGGCGAAGAUCCAGCGUGCGCUGCUCAGGAACAACCAGACCCAGCGUUUCUCUCAGAAACAGGCCCUGAGGCUGCACCAGGGCCUCGUCACCAGCACGGCCGAGCAGUUGAUGGAGCGUCUGUGUGUGCGGGUGCAGCAGCAGGUGUGUGUCCUCAAAGGCUGCGAGCAAGGAGAGGAGGUCCAGACGGCCAGACAGGUCCUCAAAGAAGCCCGAAACUCCAGAGCGCUGUAUCCCUCUCUGUGUGAGCUGGCCCACGUGCUGUCGGUCGACGGGCCCGUCAAACAGCGCCUGGACACGCUGGCUGGAGAACUGGCCAAGGCUGCUGACAAAGAAUUACAGGUGGUGGUGGACUCCAUGGUGUCUCUGUGCCGCGAGUUGUGUCCCAUGUCCUGCUCAGCAGCAGAGAGACUCAGCCCUCCUCUGUCAUCCAUCUCGGAGCAAGUUUCAGUUCCUUUCUCUUCCAUUCAAAGCGCCCUGAUGGAGAGAGCAGCCGAGGACAUCAACAAAGCCCUGGAGGAGGUGAAGUUGUCUGUGGUGUCGUAUCUGACCAACUCUAUUGUGGAUCAGAUUCUGCAGGAGCUCUACACCACUCAUAAAGCCCUGGUACUGCUGCGGCAGGUGUCUCAGGUGAAGCGAUGGGAUGAUGUGGGGACAGGCAGACGCACCAUCAGGCAGUCCAGAAUCGUGGAGUCUCUGGAAUUCUCUGACGAUGACUUCGGUGUCAACCUGGGAAUAGACACCAUUGCUAUCAAAAAGCAGAGCUCCAGGACCAGAAGGAUUCGUCCCGUCUCCACCAGGCUCAGUUUAGGCGAUGAACCAAGCUCGUCUCCCACCCCCUCUGCUCCACCGCACUUCCCUCCCCUCACUCACUCUGCAUCGUGGGAGUGUCUGUCCACUCUUCCAACGAACGGCUCGCCUUUACGUCACGUGACCCACGUCAGGCCACGGCCCCCACGCAGACACAGAGGGGGACACGUCCCUUCUGAAUCUCAUUGCUCAGAGAACGGAGGGGUCAACAUGCUUGAGGACGGGCUUCCUGAUUUCUACAGCAAGAGAGUUCUACAUGACAGUCAGUUGUCGUCGCUCCAUCAGGCCCAGUCCCUGCGGAGGAAGAAAAGACGCAGCAUGUUGUCCAUUUUCUCCGGCUUCCGCAAGAGCCGCAACUCCAUGAUCUCUAACCAGGACUCAGACAGCGCCUCAGAAAACGUGUACUCCAUCAUUCAGCACCCCAAGGACGCUGCGAGGCCAGAGAGCACGAUUCCUGGAGCAAACGGGACGAUGCCUUCGCCUCAGUCCACACAGGGCAUGAGGGCGGCCAGCCCCCCCAGCCUUCAGAAGCAGUCCACAGACCUGGUCAGCAUGGUGUACAGCUGCAUCGGAGCAGAAAUCGAGGACUCAGAUGGGAGCAGCACCUGUGACAUCAAAGCCGCAGACCAAGAUACCGACAGAUUGGCCACGAUCUCCGAUGCCUCGGCAGGAUCUCAGAGCAAUGGCCACGCGGCGUCCUGCAAGCAGCAGACAGACAGACAGAUGGAGCGAGGCAGGCAGGAGGGGAUCACGCCCCCGACAGACUCAGCCGGCGAGACGGCUGACGAGGACGGACAGAGCGGCGGGGGGGGCGCGGCCUGUGGGAGGAGGCCAGAGCCACCGGCACAGAGCGCGAAGCCCUGCCUGGCCGUCACGAGGCAGAGACGCCUGCAGGAGAGUAUCGGAGAGGCAGGAAAUCCUGAAGACGACCAGAGUGAAACACAGAAGGAGGGGCAGCGUCGUUCUGUUAGUAAGGCCAGUCUUGACCUUUCAAAAGACAAGACCUCCCCAGAAAAUGCUAGGACCCCUCCCAAAACCUCACCCGUCAUUGUGGAAAAAGAGCCAACUGGUGAGCUGAGGACCUUGUCUCCUGUUCAGCCAGUUAUUCAGCACAACGAACCCACUGAGAGGAAAAACACAGGAGCCUCUGCCAAGAGUGGGACAGAAGACACAGACCCAGUGAUCAGUCACGAUGCUGCAGAAGGACAUAAUGGAUUUCCAGCAACGCCCCAACACACCAGGAAGUCCAGCUCGUUCGAUGCAGGCGUGGAACGGGACGGACCCUACGAUCUGGAGAGGUCCUCAGAUCGCAGAUUCCCUGUGAAAAAGCCUUGUUUCCCCCAGUACACAAACAGAUCUCUGGACUGCCCAGUGGGGACCAGGUGCUUCGACACUCCCCAGCUCAGUAACAGAGAUGCCUUGUGACACUACAGGCGACUGGAGGGACGAGCGUUUUACAGCUGUUUGGGUCCAAGCGACAAAUAUUCAACAGCACUUUUAUUUUUCUUUCCUCUUGAUUAAUUAAUGUAAACAUUUGUUGCUGGAAACGCAUGUACAUGCUUUGAUUUAAGUGGUUUCCUCAGGCAGAAGGGAAAGCUGGCAGUACUUCAUCCAGCCCCAGUAGCCUGUGUCUCUAGUAAGCAAUGAAAUUCUUGUUUUAUACAUUGUGCAAAAUGCUUUGACGUAGAAAAUCCCGUUCUCCCUGUCUUUCGCUGACAAUCUGUGUAAAAGUGGGUUUGUACUGUAACCAGCAUAUUGUAAUGAUGUACAUAUGGAAAAUGAGGCUCCACUAACAUUCCAGGUCUUGUUUUGAUAUGUGCUCCUAUUUAAGGUGUUAGUUUGCUUUACAUGUGUGCUGAAAGUAAUGAUUGAGGUGUUGUGUGUUUAGCAUUCCCCUCUCUUCAGGAGUAUUUAGACCCUGGGGCUUAGUCCCAGCUUUAAUCUGCUUGUGCAGGUCUAAAUAGGAGUAUAUUUUCUAAAAUGCUGCUAUGCAUCAGAAUAAUAAAACUGACUUUACAUAAGGA